AUGUUGGUGCGAUGCUACCGGGGCAAGCUGUCGGUGUGGGCCGCUAUGUGCGUGCUGGUCCUCUGCUGGUUCUACGUGUUCCCCGUCUACAGACUCCCGCGCGAUAAAGACAUCGUGGAAGAGGUGCUGAAGCAGGGGGGGGUAUGGCAGAAGAACCAGACGGGCAUCGAUCUGUACAGGAAGUUGCUGACAGAGUGCUGCGAUCCGAGGAGGAUGUUCGCGGUGACGAAGGAGAACUCGCCGACGGGCAAGGUCCUGUGGUACGACGGCGAGUUCUACCACUCGCACACCGUCAAUAACGAGACUUACCCCCUCCUCGUGAAGGACAACCCUCUGCGCCUGCCGCUGAAGAAGUGCGCUGUGGUGGGCAACGGCGGCAUUCUGCGGCACAGCCAAUGUGGACGGGACAUUGACCAAGCCGAUUUCGUCCUCCGGUGCAACCUUCCACCACUGUCAAAGGAAUACGUGGACGACGUGGGGACCAGAACUCACCUGGUUACAGCCAACCCCAGCAUCAUAGAGAAAAGGUUUCAGAACCUCCUGUGGUCCAGGAAGGUCUUUGUGGACAGCAUGAAGGUCUACGGCUCCGGCUACAUCUACAUGCCGGCCUUCUCCAUGAAGACCGGCACCGACCCGUCGCUGCGGGCGUACCACGCCCUGGCCGACUCCUCCUCCAACCUCACCAUGCUCUUCGCCAACCCCGAGUUCCUGCGCACGGUGGGGCGGUUCUGGAAAGCCCGCGGCGUGCACGCUCGCCGCCUCUCCACGGGGCUCUUCCUGGUCAGCCUGGCCCUGGGGCUGUGCGAGGAGGUGACGGCCUACGGCUUCUGGCCCUUUUCCGUGGGCCUGGACGAGCAGCCGGUCAGCCACCAUUACUACGACAACAUCCUGCCCUACACGUGGUUCCACGCCAUGCCCGAGGAGUUUGUGCAGCUCUGGCACCUGCACAAGAGCGGCGCGUUGCGCGUGAGGGUGGGACGCUGCUCAGCUCAGGGGGGAGGGGGUUAG